CUCAGCCGAGCGCCUCUUUCGCUUCGUGUCCACAACUCCCUGGCCGCACCUCCUCCCCCCCCCACUCCCCAAGGGGUCAUCGCCGACCAGAGAGGAGGACGAGCGGUCAGCACGGCGGUGUCUUCACCAGGGAGUGGACGUGCCACGGGACUCUUGACCGGCGAUCAAAGUUCGAGACCCUCCACCUCCUCCACCUCUCCACCCACCACCUCCUGCCUCGCUUGCACAGGUAGGCCCGGCGCAUUGAGCUUUUUUUAUUCAAGCAAAAGUUGUGGCAACUUUAUUCAUUCGACGUGUUGCUACCGUCAGAGUGCGGCCGGCAGCGAGCGACUCUCACCAUGGCCGAGUCCGAGUACGUUCUGGAGGAGGAGCUCUCGAAGGACCUGAGCUCAUUUGCCAUGCCUGGGCUGGAGAUGGAAGCAACCAGCAGGGAGAAGGAAGCAAAGGAAGCGAGGGAAGCAAGCAGCCGGGAGAAGGAGAGAGGAUAUUUCCACAUGGACAUGGGCCGCAGAAGAGUGGAACGCACGGUGAGUAAUGACGGAGACUCAAGCAUGCAACCCAAAUCGCCUACCUCCCCACUGAGCCCCCGCGGCGCAGAGGGAAUCGCGGGGCCUUCCUCCCCGCGGCACAGGCCCAACUUCGCCGGCCUCAUUCGCCCAGGCCAUCACUACAGGGAGAGGGGUGCCACGAAGGAGCCCCAGCACAAGGAUUGCAGCCAGGCGCAGCAGCUGGUCUCCACGUCCCCUCUGGGAGCACGGUUGUUGAACCGCAGCAAGAAAGGGCAUGGACAGAGUGCGACCUCGUCUACUGCGGCAUCCUCCUCUUCCCGCCCUCCGCGUGUUGGGUUCCCGCUGGAGGCGUACGACCACGAGCCGAAGCGGCCGGAGUUCCGCCGCCGCGCGUACUCGUCACCUCCCGAGCCCAGCCAGCGCCCACGCGCCUACACAUUGGAGCAUCGCUUGGCUGACAGGUCAGAAAUCAUGCUGGAGAAGCUGACCCUGGAGGAAACGCAGGGUUCCCCAGAUACUGCUUACGUGAGGUUCAUGAAGUCGCGCAAGUGCUACGACAUCAUUCCCACCAGCUCCAAACUCGUCGUCUUUGACAUCUCCUUGCAGGUGAAGAGGGCUUUCUUCGCCCUCGUCUCCAAUGGAGUGAGGGCAGCACCUCUCUGGGACGACAAGAUGCAAUGCUUUGUGGGAAUGCUGACAAUUACAGACUUCAUUAACAUUCUUCAUCAAUACUACAAGUCUCCAAUGGUGCAAAUUUAUGAACUGGAGGAACACAGGAUCUCAACUUGGAGAGAAGUUUACCUUCAAGACUCAUUCAAGCCUUUGGUAUCUAUAUCUCCUAAUGCAAGUGUCUUUGACGCGGUAUACUCGCUCAUAAAGAACAAGAUUCACCGACUGCCUGUGCUGGACAGCGUGGCGGGGAAUGCACUGUACAUCUUGACUCACAAGCGUAUCCUCAAGUUCCUGCAGCUCUUUGCAACGGAGAUGCCUAAACCGAGCUUCAUGAGUCAGAGCCUGCAGGAGUUGGGUAUCGGCACGUAUAAAGACAUCGCGGUGGUGAGCCCCAGCACGCCCAUCAUCAAGGCCCUCGGCAUAUUUGUGGAACGCAGGGUGUCUGCUCUCCCCGUUGUGGAUGAUGAUGGAAAAGUUGUUGAUGUCUACUCGAAGUUUGACGUCAUUAAUAUGGCAGCGGAGAAGACCUACAACAACCUGGACAUCACGGUGACACAGGCGUUGCGACACCGCUCUCAGUACUUCGAGGGCGUAAUCCGCUGCUUCCGCCAUGAGAGCUUGGAGACAAUCAUCGACCGCAUCGUCAAGGCCGAGGUGCACCGACUGGUGGUACUGGAUGAAAAGGAGGUGGUGACGGGCAUCGUGUCCCUUUCCGACAUCCUGCAGGCCUUGGUGCUCACACCUGCAGGUAUUCCAAAGAGAAAUAGAUGGGAAAUGCAAGACUCCAGCACGAAUGUCUGAGUUGGCCGUUCAUAAUUCCUCAUUCCAUCACUCUUGGCCUCUAGUUUGCAACCGAUAUAGUCUGGCUGAAUGAAGUUGUAUUUUGUGUUCUCUUAGCUAUGGAAUAAGAGAGGCUUGUAUUGAAAAUGUCAAACUGCUGAUGAAGGCUAGCGACAGGUGCAAUGUGUGUCGCUUUCUUGAGAUUUGCCCGCUGAAAUGUCAUAAAUAUUCUUUCAUUGCUGGCUUCUCUGCCCAUGAUGCUGGCUUCUCUGAUGGCGCAUAUGCUCGGCCUCUCAAAAUGUUCAGCCAUAAUUAUAACAUUUUUAAUUUGGCAUUGCAAAAAUCGGGUAAUCCCCUUGGGACAAUUAUGAAUUGAUAUAUUUUUGUAAUGGCUCGUAUUCUUCACUUGAAGAUGCCUAUACAUAGAUCCAUCUAAGCCUGACUUGCAGCCCUACCACAUCUAAGGAACUACCUGUUCAAGUUAUCUUGGGUGGCUCAAACUGAAAUAAUGAGCAUAUAUUAUUGUGGGAGAACUAUAGCUCUUUGAACUCUUUGGGAAUUGCCUGAAUAUCAAUAUUUACUUGGAGUCGUAUCAUUGGUGCAUGACUCUUUUAGCCUACAAAAGCUUUCUUGUAAACGGGUUAACAGGUUAUAAAUAUUUACACGAUCUAACCCAAAAAAACGUCUAUGGAUGAUAUUAGUCGCGAAAGCCUACGUGUUUAACCGAGGUUUUAUUAAAUCAAAAUGCCUAUGCACACACCCGGCACUUGAAGUAUCUGUAAGAGAUUAACUUGUCUUGAAUUUGUGUAACAUUGAGAGACAUUUACUUUACGAUUUGGACCUUCAGUCAUAAAAUGUCUUCGUAUUUCCUGCAAGCCAUUCAGCAUUGUACCUGCUACAAGUGUUUAUACUAGGGCAUGUGUGUGCAUGAUUUGAGCACAACAUUCCCAAUGAGUGCUGAUAAUUGAUGACUGUUUUGAUCACAAAUGCCUUUCUCUGUAUGUGAUAUAUUUUUCUGGGGUUGUACUGUAUAGUUCUAAAUCUAUUUGACUCCAAUUUAUGUAGCAGUAGAGUCUUCACUCACGUGAGUGUUGUGGCACUUUUGGGUUCGUAUGUGAAGCACUAGGCAUUCAAUGUAUGCAAGUCGGUCAUUUGAGAGUAACUCUUAAAAGUUAUGUUAAAGGGGAAUUUUCUGUUGUGAUGUGUAGCCAUGUUGCACAUAAGGCUGCCUUUCACCUACAUAAAUUGGAGUCUUGAAUGUUUCUGCCUUCAUUUAGAAGGUAAAAUUAAUGUUCUAUAACAAACAGUAUUACAGUAUAUGCCUUGUUUGGUUUUGAAUAAAUAUUCCAAUUGCAUAA